AAAGCCUUCGAGCUUCGAAGAACAGAGAAACUCAGCAACCCAUAGAUCAUCUCUCACCCUUCGACCUUUCGCGGUGCUCAGGUUUAGCAUCGGCGACGAUGUUCAGGAACACCUUUCAGUCUGGAUUCUUGUCCAUCCUAUACAGCCUUGGGAGCAAACCUUUGCAGAUAUGGGAUAAAGAAGUUGUGAAUGGCCAUGUAAAACGACCACAUGAUGAAGACAUACAAUCCAACGUUCUUGAAGUAGUUGGAUCAAAUAUCCAGUCCACAUAUAUUACAUGCCCAGCUGACCCGAAUGCAACUCUUGGUAUAAAACUCCCUUUCUUGGUUUUGAUUGUGAAGAACCUAAAGAAGUACUUCACUUUUGAGAUUCAAGUGCUGGAUGAUAAGAAUGUCAGGCGUCGAUUCCGAGCUUCUAAUUUUCAAGCUGUUACACGAGUGAAGCCUUACAUCUGCACCAUGCCUCUGAGGAUAGAUGAUGGAUGGAAUCAAAUCCAAUUGAAUCUGGCUGAUUUUACCAAGAGAGCAUAUGGAACCAACUAUGUGGAGACAUUGCGGGUUCAAGUUCAUGCGAAUUGCCGCUUGAGGAGGAUAUAUUUCUCUGACCGUCUAUACUCUGAAGAGGAACUCCCUCCGGAAUUUAAACUAUACCUCCCAAUGCAGAAAGCAUGAGAAGUAUUCUUCAGAAAGGAUAGACUUCACCAGAUGAGCAGUGUCUUGAGACUUUGUCCAACAGUCGACCAGUUCUGCUUGACGCUUAGAGUUGUCUACAGAUAUAUAUGAUAUGCAUUGGAGUAUUAUAAAUCCUAGAACUGAUCUACUUGGCUUUUGCCUGUUUUCGUUUGAGCGGUCUAAUUAUCAACUUUCUUUCACGGUUUAUACUAAAUCUGUAUUAGACAUAAGCUUUUUUUAGUUGUAAACAUUUAUCUGUACGCUUUAAUCCUUCAGCUGGAUCGAGCCCCGCGGUGACUGAUCCAAAAAUGUCUAUUAGCUGCUGGUUUCAGAGUAGAGUCUCGCCCGCUAUUAUGAAGUUUGCUGUGGCUUUUACUUAUUUAUACACCUUUGUUUUGUGGGAAA